CAAAUCCAUAGUUCAUAAGCCCAACUAUCCUAUCCCCUCACAAAUUCAAUAGCCCUAUUCACAGUUUAUUUCUUUUCAAUAUGCAGUCCACUAAAAUCCUGAACAAACUACUAAAGGAAGCCCCUAAAAAUACAAAAGGAAGCAGUGAGAUCGCCGAACUGCGAAAACUAAUAGUCGAACUGAUGAAGCCCCGCCUGGAACCACUUCGUCAGAUCUUAAGGAUUCGCAUGGUGCCUGCAACCCGAGAUGAGUUUCAGGAUGAGUCCGAGGACUGGUGGCCAGAUUACGAACUGUACUCCAAUUGGCAUGCCAUCACCGACAUGAACGGUCUUUUAGUCUGCACUCAGGAUGCACUAAAAGGAUUGCCCGAAGAUCUAAGAGCAAUUGGUGAAAAAUUCGACUAUGCCUAUUCGGUUGCAAAGCCAAAAUCGAUUCAGCAUAAGACGAAGAACUACGUUUUGGUGGACGAAUUAAUCGAGGACAUGGAAGACUUCGUCACGAACUUCAGCCGCCUGUGCAGCAAGAAUCUCGACGAUCGAAGAAAUCUCCACGAUUUGGCUUCGUUUACGUUGGACACAGGUGACAGGAUCAAGGUGAAGAUCUUUGACGAACGCACUUUUGUGCAACUCCAGUCGCGAAUUGCCAGUCUAAGGAACUAUAUUCGCGACUUCUGCACCCUUUUCGACGCCCAUGUGGAGUCGAAGGAGGAGGUUGAGUCUGUACCCAUUGAUAAGUUGGCCAAACCCCAGGGAGACGUUGAUAGGGCCCAAACUUAAGCCAGAUCGAUCAGGAAGUCAUCUCGUCCCUUAUUCCCUGGGCAUGGCUUCCAACGCUGCCAUUGUACAAUAUCCACACUAGCAGAUACAGAUACAUGACUCCGGCAUGGGCGGUAAUAAAGAGCUCGCCUCCAGUGUAUUGGAGUAUCUGGGAAA